GUACACGAGAGAACAGGAUGGUUAUUUUGUGAAAAUCAUAUUUUGUGCCAUAUUUAUGUAGUUGUUCGUGAUUUAAGAAAAGACUCAAAAAAUAUGGCGGACGACAAUUUAGAUGAUUUCUUUGCUAAAAAAGAUAAAAGCAAAAAGAAAUCAAAAUCCUCAAAAUUGACUCCAAGUGACAUUCUCGCACAAACAGAUGAAACUACGAAGAAAGGAAAAAAAUCGAAAAAAGACAAAGAUAAAACGCAAACAACAAAUUCUUCUAACACCACUGAUGGCCAUGGAUUAAUUGUAAACCCCGCGGAGGAAGAAGAAUGGAAUGAGGUUGUGGAAGAACAGGCGAAAGAUUACACAGGACUGCGGAUAGCAAACCUUCAAGUAUCUCAGAAGGGUGAAGAUGGUGAGCAGGGUGGGGAAGAGGAGGCAGAGGACGGUGAAGAUGAUGGAGAGGGCCAGGAGAGAAAGGACCGGGGGAAACAGGGACCCUGGGAAGCAGGAGGACAGCCCCCUAUAGCACAUCCACCUGCAGAACCAGCAGCUCCAGCGGUAGAAGACCUGAAGCCCAAGGAAGAGCCAGCAGGGGAGAAGACAGGAGGAAAGUAUAUGACACCCGCCGCCCGGGCUGCAGCAGCAGCUGGCGGCGUAACUCCAAGCGCAGGACCCACCCUUCCCGGCCACAUUAGGAAGAAAAAAGCUGCACCAAACCUGAGGAGUGAGAUGGACUUUCCAACACUGGGAGGCAACACAGGGCCAUUUCAGUCUGAUAGUGAUACAAGGAAUUUCGAGCAAGUACAGCAUGGAGGCCGACAGAUGGAGAAUGCAGCAAAGAUUGCACAACAGGUUUCGCUUGGAAACAAGUUUUCAGCACUACAAGAUUGACCUUAGUUUUUCUGAACAUGUCUUUGCCAUUAAUGAAACUGUUUUAUGGCUUGUUGCGAACUGGUCUUAUCUCUUAGUGAAAAUAGUCGAAAGGUCUUCAUUUUUGUCGAAAGAUUUGUAUUUUCAGGUUAUAUGAUACAUAUAUGUUAAUCAAAUUAUCAAGAUGCCAGCCUUUUAACGUAUCAUUGAGUUGUAAUUUACAAAAAUACAAAAUUACAAAAAAUUGAAGAUUGUGCAUGCUGCAAGUCAAGUUCGGUGAUAUGUUGGCUUAGUUGAGAGCAGAGUAUAGUUUGCAUUACGUGCAUGAAAUGGUUACAAAUCAACUGCAAUAAAAGCAUUAAAUGUUAAACUAUGACAACAUGCCAGCUUUAUUAGUUUUCAAAAAUGUACAUCUUGCGGAUAAAGGUGUGUUUCUUAACCAGUUUUCAAUAAUAUGCUCUUGUUUUAUGCUUAUCAGUAUAGCCGCUUCAUGUCGGAAGGGUUUUUUAGGGAUGUGGGAGUUAAUACAUUUUAAGUUAAAUAGAUAUGUACAAAACUUUUUUGCUUCAAGUGCAGUCAUCAUAUUUAGACUUUCGGAUGAACAAGCCUGAAUUCUAACACCUGUGUUUGGCAUCCAAAUUCUUAACGAGCCAUGCUUUAUGAAAUCCGGAAUUGGAGAAACCUGUAUAGCAGUUUACCAGUGUAGGAUUUGCAGACUUGUGCUCAUUUCAACUUAUGAGAAUGUGACAUUCUAAUUGUGCUUUAAACUGCUUAAUAGUGUCAAAUUCUUGCUUCCAAUUGAAUAUUUAUCUAGCUCACUGAGAUUUUGUUUCUUUUAUUUUCAAUGUUUCCAUUGAUAUUUGAUUCCUUUUUUAAUUUAAAACAUGUAAACUAGGCAUAAUCUGGAAUCUCCGUAUUAUUUUUGCUCAAGCUGUACUGUGAAAGUGCUAUACAAUGUGCUAUGUUGCUCCUUGAAUUGUCGAAGACAUGACUCGUCGUUUUUAUAUCAAAAAUUAUAACGUAGUUUCUGAUUGGUGCACUUAAGUUUGUUCGUUCAAGUUUAAAGGAUCGUACAAAUGCAUGCACAAUGUAAAGUACUACAAUGUAGUCACCUUUUCACAAAUGGUAUUAAAAUGAAUAAGCCUAUGUAUUUCAAUAUGAUGGCUGGAAAUCAAAAUUGUAUGAACCUUGCCCUAUACCUGGCAUUUACGGUUUUGUUUAUAUAUAUGAUUGCAUGAAUUGGUACUGGUGUUAAAUUCUUUGACAUUUCUGGGUAUGUUUUAUGUAAUUAACGGCAUUACAGUGUGAUCUGCAAAUUUAAACUUCUUCAGGCUUGAUCAUUUCAGAUUACAUAUGUUUAUUUGCAUGUCACGUGAUAAUAUGUGCUGAAUGUGGGAUAGUGUGAAUAUUCUAUUAUGAAUUUCAAUGUGAUCAUUCUUAAAUACCUCUGUGUUUGCAUAAAAAAAAGAAAGACAUGGCUGUUUUUUUGGCUGAGUUUUUUAGCACAAAUAAGAUUCACCUUGCUGAAUAAAUGCUAAUUUUGAUGCACAGUGACUCAAUAUAAGUUUGGUAUAUAUAUAUAUAUAUAUAUAAGAAAUGACCAUAGCGACCUUAAAGAUAAUUUAUUGCAGUCAAAUUUUACAUAAUUAUUUGUACAAUACAUGUAACUGAAACAAAUGGAUUAUGACAUGAUUAUUCCUGCUUACCCAUAAAAUUGCUACCUCUUGGGAGAACGUCGUAUGCGUGUACCUGUAUACAGAGUUGGACGGAAAAUGUGCAAGCUUAAGCAAGUGAAUAUAUCAACAUUCGCAAGUGGUCAAGCUGCCAACUAUUUUCAUAUAUUUAUUCAUUUCAUUAUUGUUUGCUGUUAAUUACUGAAGGUUGCAGUGGUUGUUUCAAAAUUUAAUGAAAUUAUCUUUUUGAAGUCAAGUGUAAGUUUAUUACAGUUUAUGGGGCUGUGAACAUUAUUGCCCUUCUUGUUUUGAAUCAAAUUAUUGCAUCUUGUGUAUGAAAUGUUUUCAGUUUACUUCACUGAAUGAUUGAUUGAAUGUUGAAGUAUCACCAAUCAAUGUACCGGUAUAAUCAUGUGAACUGUUGACAUGCUAUGAUGAUAUCUGGCAAUGAUUGUUAAAAUAUCGUUGAAUGGUAAAUGAUAAAUCCAUUGGAAAUAAAGAUGAAACACUUA